AUGUUGGCCGUUCAGAAAUAUGUCAUCCACAAGUUGCUGCUAGAGGGUGUCCUCUAUAUUUUCGGCUUGAGUCUGAUCCAUACUCAGCUUCCCUCUAACCUAGCUGAAGUCAUGCUACAUGCACAUCUGGCCAGCAAGGCUAAGCUUGCGGAUGUCGUGGUCAAUGCAGCGGCUGUGGAGGCGUUGGAGAGCCGCAGUAUGCAACUGGUCGACUAUCAAGAAGAUCCACAAGACGAGAGCAAAGCGGCUCUAGUCUUGAUAAAUGCUGAGGUGGCUAAACUGAGGGCUGAUUUGGCAAAGAGCACCGAGCUACUCGAGGCUGAGCGGGGAAAGAGCAUAGAGCACGCCUCUCUACUGGCUCGGCUUAACAAGCAAGUCAGCACCUUUGACGCCAAGAUCGAAUCGGCUAAUGCAAGGAAACUCUGGGCCAUCAAAGACAUGGACCUGAAGAAUAAAGAGGCCCGGACCCUCACUAAGAAACUCAAAGAAGCUAAAGAUUUUUUGGUCACCGAACGGAAAAGCUGGUCGGCCGAAGAAACUGCCCUUCGAGGCCAACUCUCCGUAAAAAAUGAUGAGUUGGCCACCGCGAAGGACGAGCUUGAGGCCUCCCGAGCGGCUUUGAAAACUUAUCAAGAUGCCGAGCCUAGCCGAUUUGAGGCUAUGAAGAAGAACUGUAUCCACUCGGACGCUUUCAACGAUAAGGUCGCCGACCGGGCACUUCGUCUGUUCGACCUGGUGAUCGAAGGGACAUUCGAUCAACUCCAGGCAAGCUGCUACAUCUCUGCUGCUUUAUCGAGUAAGAACUGGGUGGAACAGAUUGCCAUAAGCAAUCGCCUGGCCGAACUGGAGGACGAACUGAAGAAGCUCAAGGCUGCGGGGGACAGCAGACAAUCGACGGCCGCUCUGGAGAAGGCCGAAAGGUUGCUGGAAGCUGAGCGGGGUAAGACUUCCGGAUUGACGAGCGAGGUUGCCCGCCUCGAAGCCUUAGUCAAGCAGCGGGAUAAAGAAGUAAAGACCGCGACCGCUCGGAAGCUCAAGGCCAUUGAUGAUAUGGACUUGAUGAAGGUGGAGAACCGGGGGCUGGAACAACGGGUGAAGGAGCUAGACGCCUCACUAACUGCCGAGCGGGAGGGUCGCUCCGCCGAUCGGACCAAAGCAGAAGGAGCCUUGCAAGAUCUUCAGGCUACCCUGGAUGCUUCCCAGACCGCUCUCAAGGAUUACCAAAAUGGAGAGCCCAGUUGA